UAGAAACAUUUAUGCAUUUUCCUUAGUAUUUGCUGAUCAAGUACUUGGCUCUUGCUGUUGGAAAUUCCACUGAAAAGCAAACGAACAGAUCUUGCGAGAGAGAGAGAAAGAUGGCUUAUGCUGUUAUAACUUCACUAAUGACAACUCUUGAGCAAGUCCUGCAAUUCAAUCCAACUUUGAUUCCUGAAAAUAUUUGGGGACCCCUUGAUUCUCUCUAUGAAACACUUGUUUUCUUGCAAACUUUCCUUGUGGAUAUUGGAAAUCGGAUCAAUGAUCAAGAAUCGUUGACUUUUUUGGAGAAGAAGAUUAGAGAUGCAGCUUAUAAAGCAGAAGAUACUGUUGAUUUGUGCCUAAGAAGUAUCCAUGUGGCUAACACUGAAAAUGAUAAAAGUAAUGCUCGUUGUCAGCUUUAUGACGAGUUGAAGCAAAUAGCAAAUGUAAUGGAUUCAAUACAAGGAGAGGUGAUGAAGUUCAAGAAUGACCACCUACACAUUAAAGAGCAGCCGGCAACAACUUCUCUACCUCGCCGCUCGUCUAGGGAUGUUUUGGAUGAGGAAAUUACUCUUGUUGGCAUGGAGGAUGACUUCAACGACAUAAGAGAUCAACUCAUUGGGCAAGCGCGGGAGCUGAAUAUUGUUUCAAUUGUUGGCAUGGGCGGUAUGGGUAAGACAACUCUUGCCAGGCAAGUGUUUAGCAAUCCAUCAGUAUUAUGUCGCUUUGAUGUUUCUUCAUGGGUUACUAUUUCUCAAGAAUAUGAUGCAAGAGAAAUUCUUAUAAAUGUUUUAAGCUUUGGUACUUCUGAUGUGACGGCGUUAUAUCAUAACAAGAGCUAUGACCAAUUAUUAGAGCAGUUAUAUAGAAAAUUAAAAGGCAAAAGAUAUUUGAUAGUUAUGGAUGAUUUAUGGAGUAUAGAGGCCUGGGACCUAGUUAAAAGAUCAUUUCCUGAUGAUAAUAAUGGAAGUCGAAUCAUGAUAACUACUAGGCUUCUAGAAGUAGCUGAUUGUACUGGUAAUGGUUGCCCUCCCCAUCACAUGCCUUUCCUUAAUUUUGAAGAUAGUUGGACUUUGCUGUCUAACAAGGUAUUUGGAAAGGAAGACUGUCCUCCUCAGUUGGAGGAAAUAGGGAAGCAGAUGGCAGAACAUUGUCAAGGAUUACCCCUCUCGCUUGUUGUCAUUGGUGGGCUUCUCUCCAAGAUCAAUACGACAUAUGAAGAUUGGAAAAAAGUUGCUGAAAAUGUGGUUUCACAUAUAGGUUCCACCACUGAGCAUUGUUUAGCAAUAUUGUCGUUGAGUUACAACUGGUUGCCUCCUAGCUUAAAAGCUUGCUUUCUUUAUACGGGAGCUUUCCUCGAAGAUGCAGAAAUUCCUGCAGAUAAGUUGAUUAGAAUUUGGGUUGCUGAGGGUUUUCUAAACACAAAGAGUGAUAAAAUGUUGGAAGAGGUAGCGGAAGAGUCUUUAGAGGAUCUCGUUAGCAGAAGUUUGAUUUUGGCUAGUAGACGACGAGCCAAUGGUAAAUUAAGAACUUGCAGAAUUCAUGACCUCCUUCGACAAUUAUGCUUGAAAGAAGAAAAAUCUGAGAAGUUUUUUAAUAUCAUAACUAAAUGUUUUGAUGUGUCCUCUGAAGGUAUGGAGAUUGAACGCAGAAUGUGUUUGAAUCCAGAUGCUUUAAAUAACCAGAAUCUUGACUUGGAUAAAGGUAAUUUGAAUUCUGUUCGGGCAAUCUUAUGCCUGGGUGAAUCCCAUACUUUUUACCUCGACUAUCUGUGCUGCAAAAUAGUAGAUUCUCGUUUUCAACUGCUAAGGAUAUUGGAUGCAGAAUGUAUUCGCUUUUCAAGUUUUCCCUGUGACAUAACACAGCUAAUACACUUGAGAUACGUUGCUUGUACCACUGGUACCAAUGUUCCUGCAUCAAUAUCCAAUCUUUGGAAUCUACAGACGCUGAUUGUUCAUCCAGUUGGAGAUGAAUUAUCCCUGCCAUCGGAAAUUUGGAAGAUGUCAAGUUUGAGAUACAUCUAUUCUGGGGGAAUGUAUGUGCAUGCUCCUCCAAAGGAAGAAAAUAUUUUGGGUCUUCAGAACUUGGAAACACUUGAUUCAAUACGCGCUACAGAUUCCAACUGGAUAGAAGUUCUUACAGCAGCCCCUAAAAUAAAGAAACUGGGAGUAUUGAUCCAUCCAGAUAAUCAUGAAUGGUCUAAGCUUAUUGAUAGUCUGAUUUGCUUAGCUGAUCUGCAGAAGCUAAGAAUUCAUCUAGCAAUUCCCUCUUCCGUAGAGGUUUUCCAAAUGCUGCCUGGUCUGCUAUGGGAAGUUUUCCCGACCAACCUGAAGAGUUUGACACUCGUAGGAACACAUUUACUGUGGGAAGGAUAUGACAAUGCUUGGUCGCUUACCCAAUCUUGAGGUGCUCAGACUAAAAUAUUUUGCUAUUCAAGGGACCAAUUGGAAUUUAAAUGAAGGGGGUUUCAAGAAACUCAAGUUGCUACACAUUUUGAUGAUGAAC